AUGACGGACGAUUUGGAUGAUGAGCUUCUGGCACUUGCCGGUGACUCUGAGGAGGAGCACUCCCCUGCCCCAGAAGAGAAAGCUGACUCUCCGACACAUUCACCUUCUUCCCAUUCACCACACCGUUCUGAAAUGGGUCGCAAAGGUACCGCUAAACCCGUCCGCCGUCCCCGCAAGACUGUGAGGGACGGUGAUGAUGAGGAAGAUGGGGAAAUCUCCGAUGCAGAGUCCCACGACUCACUCCAAUCUGCCCCCAUGUCCGAAUCCGAUUCUGAAGGUGCUGCCUCUGACGAAGAGGAUCGUCCUAUCUUUCCCUACGAUAAGUUGUACUACUCAGCAAAGGAGAAGCAAGAAAUCAUGGCGAUGCCUGAGAUCCAACGAGAAGAGCUCCUGUCUGAGCGCGCGCAACAAGUCGAUCGCCACAACCAGGAUCUUGCUCUGCGCCGACUGCUAGCUUCGCGCGAGCGUGAGGAGAAGCGCGCUGCCGCAAAGCAGGCCAAACGUAAGGCUGGCUCUGCUGGCCUUGAUGAAAACCAGCGCAAGAGUUCCCGCCAAAAGACUACUCUAGGUGGCCGUAAGGUGGGAGAGACGUCUGCCGCCAUCGAUGCCUACAAGCGCCAGCGUGAGCAGAAGGGCAAGCGCGAUGAACUCCGUCGCCGAGAUCCAACCGCCUCUCGCCGCCGAUCCCGCACGCCCGGCUCUGGAGAAUCGGAUGAGGAUGCUGAAGCUGAAAGCGACCUGGAACUGGAUGACCGCGUGGGCCGAUCGCCUUCUAUCCCCAAGGAUGACCCACCUGCUGAGCUUCGAGACUUCAAUCGUGUUCGCGUAGGCCGCAUGAACUUCGCCCAGGUCUGCUUCUACCCUAAUUUCGAGGAUUCCAUUACUGGCUGCUAUGCCCGUGUCAACAUUGGGCCGAAUAUGGAGACCGGUCAGAACGAGUACCGUCUUUGCUUGAUUACAGGUUUCAAUCAAGGAAAGCCCUAUGCUAUGGAUGCACCGAAUGGUCGUCCGUUCGUUACCGAUCAGUACGCUAAGCUGGCUCAUGGAAAGGCCGUACGAGACUUCCCAUUCGUUGCUUGCUCCAACGAUCAUUUCACAGAUAGCGAGUAUGGCCGUUACCGAAAGACCAUGGCUGUUGAGGAUUGCAAGAUGCCCACCCAAACCCAACUGGCUGUUAAGGUUACCGAUAUCAACCGCCUGAUCAAUCACCGUUUCACACCUCAAGAGCUUUCUGAGAAGCUUCGCCGCCAAGGUGCCCUGGAUCAGAAGAGAAAUGUUCGCCGCCGUGUUGACCUAGAGAAAGAGCUGCAGGCUGCCAAGGCCAAUGGCAACGAUGAAGAAGUCGAGAAGAUUCAGAAGGAAUUGCACGAAUUAACCAACCCUAACCUUUCUUGGGGCACCACGAUGGAUAAGCCGGCUGCCGACAAAGCGCUCAGCGAGGCCGAGCGUGUUCAUCUAAUCAAUGUCCGCAACCAGAAACUCAACAUCGAGAAUGUGCGCCGCGCUCAAAUCGAGGAACGCAAGGCUGCCCGAAAGGCCGCUGCUGCUGUCGCCCGUGGCGAGGCGGUGGCUGAUCCUUUCAUGCGUGUCCGCACAGUUGCUAAGACCCACCACGAUGUUAACACGAAAGCCGCUGAUGGCACUGGCUCGGGUGAUGCUACCCCUACAGAUAGCAAGGACGCCAAGCCUGCUACCGAUGGCACCAAGGAUUCAACUCCUAUUUCAGGUCUCUCUCCGAAGAAGAAGGGUAGUUUCAUGAUCAGCUACCGUAACACUGAUGAUGAGAACAUUGCUGCUCUGGAUCUGGACAUCGAUAUUGACAUCUAG